GAAAUGUGUUGAAGAAGCAUCCAUGUUCAUUCCUUCAAUAUUUGACCAUAUUUAAAUAGUACACCAGUUGUACUGCGUCUUCUGAAGAAUCAAAUUUUGGCUUAAGAAUAAGAAUGGCAUAUCUGAAAAACCAUCUACCGCAACCAAAAUUGCAUCACACUCCCCAAGCCGGUACGAUGAGAUCUAAUCAGGCCAUGUUUGAGGCUAAACAAAUUGCAUUAUUAAAGAUAAUGAAAGCUAAAGAGGAAAAGGAAAAAAAAGAAAAAGAAAAAAAAGAAAUACACAUACAAAGAAAGAACCGAUUGGGGUGGGAUGAUAAGGUCUUGCCUCAUCAAUCAUCCUUCUCCAAGAAGGUGCUGCUAAUCCACCGUCUAAUUCUAUAUUAUCCUAAAACAGGCUGCUGAGUUUAGAAAGCUAAAGAAGCCCAGUUCACUGCCUCUGUCCUUCUCAAUUGCUUCCACUCCUUGAAAACUUGAAUCACCAUUUCUGGUUCCUGCAGAACCAACAUAAUGUCUGUUGGUCAAUGUGUAUACAAUAUUACUAUUUUGUUCAUCAAAAUAUGAAUAAACUGAGAAUCUUUAUUUUAACUCAUUACAGCAUCUAAUAAAGCUGUCAGUUAGCAACUUUAAAGCUUUUACGAGUUCUAUCGUAAUAAUAACCCGAUAAAAAGGUGACGACCAAUAUUUAAUUUCAGCGCUCUAAUAAAUCCUGGCCGUUGGGCAUGUAGGUACUCCAGCGUACGGUAGAUUGAACCCCAGAAAUAACGAACAUACAGAUCUCCAAAUUACAAACCCAUCAAUUUCCUCAAAAAAAGAAAAGAAAACAUACACCUUGAAAAUCUAAACCUCAACUCUUCCAAAUAAUAAUAAUAAUAAUAAUAAUAAGUAAAUAAAUAACAAGAUGGCAAAAUUAAAUCUUUUAAUUAUUACAGUUUUAGGAUUCAUUCUUACAAUUGCAGAAUCAAUGCGGUUCGAUCUGAAUUCAGGCCAUACAAAAUGCAUAUCAGAGGAUAUAAAGAGCAAUUCAAUGACUGUUGGCAAGUACAGCAUUGUUAAUCCUAAUGACGGUUCUCCUCUUCCUGAUACCCAUAAGCUCACUGUUAAGGCGACAUCUCCAUAUGGGAGCUCUUAUCAUUAUGGGGAUCAUGUGGAAUCUGGUAAUUUUGCAUUUACUGCAGCUGAGGCUGGUGACUACACAACUUGCUUUUGGGCAAUUGAACAUAGACCAGAAGUUACCUUGACGAUUGAUUUUGAAUGGAGAACUGGUGUUGCUGCUAAGGAUUGGUCUAAAGUUGCUAAGAAAGGACAAAUAGAAAUUAUGGAACUUGAGUUGAAAAAAUUGUUGGACACGGUCACAUCCAUUCAUGAUGAGAUGUUUUAUCUUCGUGAGAGGGAGGAGGAAAUGCAGCAACUGAAUAGAUCAACAAACUCCAGAAUGGCCAGCCUCAGUUUGCUUUCUCUAGUUGUUUGUGUAUCAGUUGCUGGUUUGCAGCUGUGGCAUCUGAAGAGAUAUUUUGAGAGGAAGAAGCUACUCUAAUUUUGUUUUGGUAGGAAGAAGCUACUCUUAAUAUUUUCAUUUGAUAGCAUCUACUAUUUCUUCAUUCUUUCUUCUGCGCAGCAUCUAAAUGCCCGCGAUAUGUAACCUUCAACCUUCAAUUCUACAAUUUUAAGGACUGAUUUACAGUCCAAUUUAAAUCUUUUCUUCA